GUAGCCCAACGAAGGGAAUCAUGACGGUGACCUCUUGAGGCUGAGCCAGGAUGACCACCUCUGGUUUCUUUGCUCUCUCACUGAGGUGGCCCUUCUGGAGUUCUUGUAUCGGCGCACCUCCUUCACCAAUAUCAGAAUGUAAACAUGGUCGGCAUUCCAGGAAGGUCACAGGGCUGCACCACCUGCAGGCGUAGGAAGAUUCGAUGCGAUCUGGCAAAGCCUUCCUGUCAAAGAUGCACCACGUCAGGGAGACACUGCGAAGGCUACGCCAGAUACCCCGUGUUCAUAAAUCGAGGCCAAGAAGGUCUACAGAAGCGAAAGCCUCUGGACGAGACUCAUGCUGGUCCUGCCUCAACUGCUGCAGCCCCCACAGACUCUGGGCACAUACCGCCACUGGCUCGUUCACCGUCGAGCGAGUGUUUACUCGAAGACCAACUGAUUUCCGCGUUCUACGAGAGCUACGCUUCAAGAUCAUUGAAACAUCCAAGCAAGACUGCUGAUCCAGCUUGGCUGUAUCACUCCCUCCGCAUCACCUUCCCAACCGAAACUCUUCGGCAAGCAUUGUUUUCCUUGGCAUGCAUUCGUCUAGGAAGGCUGAACGACGACCAAGCAACCGUCAUCAAAGGCCACCAGGUAUAUGGCCAGGCGCUGCGCCUGAUGCAGCAAGCGCUGUAUGACCCGAUUCUGAUGCGUCAUGAGGAGACUCUAGCUGCUGCACGAUGUAUGAUCUUGUACGAGGCCUUUGAGGCUACCUCCGAAAACAUGACUUCCUGGUUCAAUCAUAUUCAGGGCAUUGCUCGAAUCCUGGAGCUCCGUGGCCCGAGAUGUCACCACUCACCGCUUACGCAGACAAUCCUCGAAUCCACGAGGUACUAUGUCAUGAUAGUCGGCAUGAUGCAGAGAAGGCCGUCCUUCUUGGGGCGAGCGGAAUGGUUGACUGAGCCUUGGGUGGACGGCCACAAAAAUUUUGAGCAGAGGUAUAUCGACUACGGCUUUUACCUUUCAGACUUAUCCCAUCAAGGAGACUCCAUAAUCUCCCAGGAUGCAUCGGCGGACCCGGUUCCCCGUCAAGUGGAAUUCGUGCAGGUAUUACGCGGACUCCAGUGUGGCUUGGAUGCCGUGACGGCCUUGCGGAAGGAGCUUUUGCAGAUCUCCAUUGAACAGGCACGAUCCUGCCCGCCCGGAAACAUCGACCAAAAUUUGUGCUCAGUCGACUUCGGGGAGGAGGCCGGGACAACGAUCACCUCGGCGACUUUGAACGCUCUGGACUUGUCAUAUUCCCUGUUCGCCGCGGCCUUGCUUCACCGCUACAGAGGUCACCCAAGCAGCGAGCAUGACAGUGUCGUAUCUCAGUUUGGGCCAUACGUAGACCAAGGUCGGAGGUUGAUGUUGGCCAGGCAAAUCCUUCAAGACUUGGAAGCAUGUUCCCAUGGAAGCUUCGAACACAUUAGAGCCCGGAUGAUCUUUCCGUUAAACGUGCUCCGCUGGGAACUAAGACAGCAUCCAGAGGAAUUCGGCCGAGUCAAUGGACUGUUUGAUGUUAUAGCAGGAAAGAGCAAAUAUCGUAUCGGUCGGAGCGUUCAAAAGGAAGGCACUUUCGCUCUGCCGUUGGCGGUGGUGGAAGGCAAAGCAAACAAAUGCACGUCUCAACGCGAGUGAUGGCUAGAUCUUCGAUAAAUGUCCUGCAAUGAUUGAAGGGCUCGCAACAAUGUGUCUUAGCAAAG